GAAAAAUUCGUCAGGAUGGUGGCCGAGCUAGCUGACAUUUCCACGGCGACAAUCGGCGGAAAAGCAUCUCUGCAUGCUGGUGGCAUCUCGAAACAGCGCAAACGACCUAAAUGGAUCCAGACGGCGACGCGUGAACCGAUCUACAGCGUCUUAGACAGCGACGACAACGCAAAGAGUUUUCCACCGAAUGUCCACGGCAAGAUUGUGAUAAUCAGCGCGGUCAAGAACGAGCCGGGCCGCAAGUCGAACGCGGAAAACAACCUACCGUACGCCUGGCCAUCAUCUCGGAGCAGAACGUCGCCGAUUCUUGAGGUCGAGGACGAGAACACUCUUUAUAGCGUGGUGAGAAAACCGAAGAAAGUCCGAUUGCCGGAAACAUCGUCCUCCGACGAGGAGACAAUUCGACCCGUCGACCCGUGUCGUGAUUCCACUCGGAUCGGGGACACUGUUUCCAGCGAGAAGCAACAGCUGGACCCCGAAGACGUGUCCAAACGAGUCGAGGUAAGAAAGUGGCUCCGCGACACACCCAGGCAGCCUUUACCGGAUCCGCCGAAGAUGUUUUCCGAUCGAUCCGAAUACGAGAAUCGCUGGCCCGAUCGGGAAAACCCGGUGGCGCUGCCCCGAGGGGUGGUGGGGCUCGUGGGGCCCUACAGGAUUUAUAAAAAUCCCAACGAGAACAGAGAAUAUAUACUUCAAGAGGAGGAACUUGUCGAAGAGGUACUGGAUUCUACGAGCGAGAAAGUGCAGGAGGAAGAGAACAAGAACGAGCAUCGACAGAGGGCGAAGUGGAAGAUCAGGGAGGACGACGAGGAAACUUUAGUUCCGGAUAUCCGGGAUCUGCCGAGUCUGGAAGAUUUCAUAGAAAUGAAAAAUGAUAAGGGUAACGAUUGGAGAAAUGAAGGAGAAUCAGUGAUAAAAAUGGAAAAAUCGGAAUAUGUCGAGAAGAUUUUGUCCGGUAAAGAGGAACGCGCGGUGGAUGUACCGGAUACGAUAUCCGCGGUCUCGAUGACGUCGAUGAAGCAGAAAUGGGCGAGCAACGAGCAGCACGACAAGGACAGCCUGAACGAGACCGGAAGUACAACGGGUGCCACCGUGGAGGGUGCGCCGAGCGGUGGCCCCUCGGGGUGCAGGACCAAGGACAAGAACGACCAGCCACCCGCGCAACCAUCCACCUCGUCGCCACCGGCGAGGUCUUUGGUCUCUAGGAUCCUGGCGAGGACGCGGUCGCGCGAGGAUCUUCUGGACCAUUCGGAACCUUACUCGCAAUUAUGGGUGGUCCUCUCGAAUGUGUACGGCGAGCUGAUCGUCGUGCUAACAUUCGCGGUAUGUUUGGCCGAGGUCAUGGACACGCCUGUGCCUUUGCUCAGUUUGCAAGGCAUCUUCCUCAUGUACCUCUACGUGGGCAGUAUCGCUGUUAUCAUCGCAAUUUACAUAUGGGUGCUGAUUGACAGCUGCGGCAGCUUGAGUCGCGGCGGUAACGGACUCGGCGAUGCGGAACUCGGCGGUGCGUCGCUCAGCAGGUUCGGAUCAUUAAAACGAGCGCAUAUCUCCAGGGCCAGGACCGCACCGACCAGUUUUUACAUACGUGUCGGCGCGCUCCUGUUCGGUUUGGCGACGUUGGUAUUCAACGGUCUGGAGAUGGCGAUGCACACGAUGAUGCAGGGCGCCGAGUGCUUGACCGACGUCGUCUUCGUGCAUCCGGUGAUGCACGGCCUGUUCACCUUCUUGCAGAUGCACUUUCUCUUCGUAAACUCACAGGUCCUCGUAGAACGUUUCGGUCUUGCAGCUCGAUUCGGUUUCACUCACCUCGCAGCUACGAAUGUCGCGGUCUGGGCACGUCUGGUGAUUUGGGAUUCCGCGCAAGAAUGGACUUACUUUGUGCACUUGGCGCAACACGAACAGGAGACGUCUGUAUCUCCUUUGAGUCUUCGAGGAUUUCCAGGAUCUUUGACGAGACACUCACGAGAUCUUAUAGAUGAUUCGUCGACGAGAGAAAGCACCUUCAAACCCUAUCAACCAGUCUCGAACGAGCAAAUCUCACAAGUAAUCGCGCUGCAAGAAUGCUUGAAUACUAAUACUCUAGGACAACUGUGGACGUCAAGCAUACCCUUCCUGUAUCCCUUUAUCGUACAAUUUAGUCUGAUCGCGGCCGCGGUGACCUUCGUGAUGGGUCAGAACGUCGGUCGGAGUCGACUGACUAAGCAAAAGUUUCACGGCAGCAAGGAUUUAAGCGGCCACACUAGAGUAGGUUGCGACGGUUCCAGCAAAGGUCUCUUUCUGGGCAUCCUCUGUAUGGUUGCCGGCAUCGUGGUGAUUCUCAUCUUCCUCGUCGUGCGAGAGGACGAGAAUUUCCCCUCCGCCACGUUAUCCUGGCUCACUUGCGGCACCCUGAUCGGCAUACUGACUCUGAGCAGCUUGAUGACAGCCAGCGGUCUCGUGCAGGUGCGACAGAUUUCGGUAGUGUCGCGUGCGCCGGCCGCCCUGGACAGUCUCCUGUCAAAUGUGUCACUCUUCGGAGUGCAGCUUUACUCCGUCUUCACCAUCGUAGUAUGCGCCUGCUCGCUGGUCAUGUUGGAUCACAGCGAGACCGAGGACACGCGGGCCAGGCACAUUAUGCUGCUGUCAACGUCGAUUCUGCAGCUGGUGCAAUGCUUCGCACAGAGCACGUUGAUCGCCGAGACGUCGCGACGCUCGUGCAUAACGCGCUUUCAAAUGUUGGCCAAGCCCGGCCGCCAGGUGAUCACCUUCCUGCUAUUCAGCAACGCCGUCCUGUGGGCCUUCGACACCGUCAUCACGCAAAAUUGGCUGUCGCAGGAACUGCAGCUCCGGUUCUUUGGCGUGCUCGCCUGGGGCGUGUUGUCAAGAAUCGGUUUGCCUCUCCUCAUCUUCUACAGAUUUCACAGUUGCGUGCUGCUGCUUGAGGCAUGGAAUAAGUGCUACAGAACGCCCCGAGGAGAGCAUCCUCUCAACUGACAACGCGGAAUCUCACGCCGACUUUCGUGCAGGCUGCAUAAUUCUGGCUUACAAGAUCUUCAUCGUCCCGCAAGAUUGAUGCUAAAACCGUCGACGGAUAGCGGAUACGUUUACAAGCGACAAUUGUAUCCGAAUUCGCUGUCAUUGGACGCGAUGCACCUUCUACCUUACGUGGACAGCGCGAGCUGGCUAUACUUGGACCCAAAUCCUGUUUUUCCUUAUCGUCUACCAAAUCUGGAGUGCGACGCGUCGUUUUCGUCCGAGCAACAUCAUCACCACCAUCAUCAUUACCACCCUCAUCGUCAUCAUCAUCAUCAUCAUCAUCAUCAUCACCGUCAAAGGAGACACCGUCGAGUACUGAGCGAUCCCGGAGGAUGGAACACCGGUACUCGGCUGAACGCGACGCGACAUAGGCGAGUACUUAGCAGCGCCGGCGCCGAUCUUAUGCGAGCGUCGAUAGACGAGGCCAAUGAAGAUAAUCUGUCGCCCGAGGAGGAGACAAGAGCAUCAACCUUCAGAAAAGUGCCAUGGCACCCCAAUUUGCAUAUGCUCAAAAUCAGGAGAACGUAGCGUUAUUAAUACAAUCGCGAACGGAAAUCUGAAGCAGAGCGCUCGUCCACUGAGUCUCCGAAGAGUGCGAUAUACCGUUCGGAUUUUCACGUGCAAUAUUUCUAGCUUAUAAGUUCACGCUAUAGUGUACAAAUGAUCGCUAUAAACGAGCGCCGUAGACGACGACGACGAUCGUCUCUGUCGCGAGAGCCAUCGGGUUUGCAUCGCAUUUGUGAGAAUGAUGAGCGAUGCAAUGCAACCCUUCAUAAUUAACGCAGAAAGAGAGAAAGAGAGAGAUGUAAUUAUUACUCGCGAACGUAUAUUUUUGUAUAUAUUUAUUGCAAACAUUAUAUAUAUAUAUAUAUAGAUCUGACAGAGGAUAACACACGCAACAGAAUCCUCGGUAGAACUCCGUUUAUUGGAAUAAUCUAAAGAUAUAUAAUUAUGUAUAUGAGAUAUAAUCUAAGCAAAAUCCUUUAAUAAGGGUUCCCUUCUUCCCAUUUUCUCGCCAUGUUUACGCAUUAUUUCAAAUAAUUAAGAUUAUAUUAGUACAUAAUCAGAGUUAAAUAUUGCGCAAAAUAAUCUUAUACCAACAUAGAUACGAUAUAAUUCAUCGUGCAGAGAGAAGAUUAAUAUCUACUCGAUUAAUAGUUUAUGCAAAAAUAUGUUUAGUAAAUACGCCAUCAAUAUUUAUUAAUCGAAUAAUAUUGUCUGUAAUCAUUUCUCCGAGAUCCUAAAGAUUAUUCAUUUUUAAGAUUAUUUAUCUGCAAAAACGACAAUUAUAUUUUCAUAUUUCGUUAAUUAUGAUAAUGUACUUGUGAACUUAAAAAACUAUCAAUUAUUGUAUUUUAUAUAAGACUUCCGGUGAAAGCUCGAUUUGUCGAAUCCCUUCUUAAAAUAUGAUCCUGAUGAAUGGAGUUCUGCCGCCUAGCUUUCUUGUAGAAUAUUAGGUCGUAUUAUUUGAAUUCCUUAUAAGUACUCAUCGCGUGACGGUUUAUAUCUAUCUCACGUACAAAGUGGUAUUUUAUUUUCGUAUUUAGUGUUUUAUCUUAUCAACGUAUAAUUAUAUCAUCUCUUGGAUGAAAAAAUAGCAGGGCAGUGCCGAUUUCAUUCCAUCAUUAAGUUACGAGCGAGUUACAAGGAUAUUGAUGAUAUAAUAGUGAUAAAUAUAAUUUCUAUUUUGUUAAAUUUUUCAUUUUGCAAACCAUCAUUACGAGAAGUUAUUUAUCUCGAGUUAUUGUAAUUAAGGAACUCGACAAUAUCAAAUUAACUAAAAUACAUACCUUAAUAUAUGGCACUGAAACAUAUAGAUAUUAAAUAUGAUAAAUGUUGAGAAUAAAAUGUCAAUGACUAUAUGUAGUCAACUCUAAAGAUUUGUUACGUCGAUCUUGCGAGUCGGCUAAAUACUUGGCGUUAUUUCGAGAGCAUACCUGCUUUUGGGAAACUGUUAAUAACAAUAUGACAGAGUAAGAUCAAUAGGAGCAUUAGGUAAUGAAAUACACACACACACACACACACGACGAAAUUUUUCUUCUUAGAAAACGCGCGAAGAGCGCUUUGUAAUGUAUAACAAACUAUAUUGAUCCACAAUAAAAGCUCUUUCGAAGAUAUAAACGUA